AUGACUGUCCUUAUGAGCCGUACAGCAUUCCACGCUGCUCGCUCAUUCUCGCCUUCAGCAGCUGCGUCUUCGUCAAGGCUCUUCAAUUCCUCAGUCCGCGCAAUGGCUUCUUCCAGCUCGUCGACUUCGGAGGGGGACCUUGUCACGUACGACUCCAGCGGACAUGCUCGGAUCUACAAGCUCAAUCGGCCCAAAAAGCUCAAUUCGUUAAAUCAGGAAAUGAUCACUUCUCUCGCUGAGAAGAUGAAGGCAUGGCGAGAGUCGGACCUGUGUCAACUAGUAGUCGGUAUGGGGGAUCAGCGGGCGUUCUGCGCUGGAGGCGAUGUCGCACAACUUGCAAAGGAUGCUGGAGAGCGCAAGUCUACCGGCGUGGAAUUCUUCAAGGAUGAAUUCGAGCUCAACUGGCUAAUGUCCCGUCUGGGCAAGCCAUACGUGUCCAUUAUCCACGGAACGACCAUGGGCGGCGGCGCGGGUAUCGCCCUUCCCGCGACACUUCGAAUCGCGACUCCCAAAACCAUCUUUGCCAUGCCCGAAACAGGGAUCGGAUAUGCCCCAGACGUCGGAUCAAACUACUAUCUUGCGCAGCUGGAUGGGUACAUUGGUGCCUGGCUCGCCGUGACCGGCCAGCACAUCUACGGCCGGACCGUCUACGAACUCGGUAUUGCCACGCACUACGUUGCCGAGUCAUCCCUCCCCGACCUCGUCAAGCAAAUCACACACCACCCUAAACCGACCACUGAGAACCUCUCGGCCCUCAUCUCUUCCUUCAAUCUCCCCUCUUCCACUUCUUCCGCCCCUUCGUCCAAGUCCACCCCCGACAGCCCAUCACCCAUCACCCUCGAGAUCCGGCAAUUCAUCGACAACACCUUCUCCGCGCCGAGCGUGAAGGACAUCCAUGCCCGCUUGGUCGCUGCGGGCGAGAACAAGGAGUUGAGCGAGGAUGUACGAAAGUGGGCGGCGGUGCAGCGGGGGUACCUGGAAGAGAAGAGUCCGACGGGGAUGGCUGUUGCGCUGGAGGGGUAUACGUUGGCCAAGAACUCGAAGCGGCUCGAUAAGGUCUUGCAGAACGAUAUGUCCAUGGCGACUGCGUUCUGCGGCCCCAAGCGCGCCUCGGACGACUUCAUCACCGGCGUGACCCACGUCCUGAUCACCAAGAUCCGCGACAAGCGGGCCGCGUGGGAAGCCGAGCUCGACUCACCCACCCUCACAUCUUCGGCUAUCACCAAGCGCUUCUUCACGCCCGGCGCCGACGUCAAGAAACUCGUCUUCCACCCCAGUACCGGAUCGACCGAGACGACGAGCCGAGACUCGACGUACGGCCGAUUCCGCGAGUGGGGUCUGCCAGAGUUGCACUGGGUGAUGGGGCUCGUGACCGGUGCGGUGAAAGACACGGGGGCGUUUGCAGUGACGGAGGAGGAGCUGGUCGAGCGGGUACUGGGGAUGAAGGGGGAGAGCAAGACGGGUGGGCGAGGGCAGGAUAUGGAGCGAAUCACGAGGGAGCUGGUGGCCAAGUAUUGCGAGAAGGACGCGAAUGGGUAUUUGAGGUGGACGAAGGCGAAGUUCUAA